UGACGAGCUUUCAUUGCAAUGACCUCAUCCCUGGUGUGGGAUGACGUCAAAUUCAAGAUGGAUGGAAUCACGACCAGUACGCAGAAAUCCAAACAACACUGAAUACAGUCCCUGUUGUUUGGAUGAAAGAACUUAAUCGCAAGGGUUGGCAAUGGAGAGCUUAGUGCACUACAGCAAUCCUGCUCAUACCCUCGCUGUGCUGGGGCUGCUCAAUGAGCAGCGUCUGCGGGGCCUGAUGUGCGACGUGGUCUUGGUUGUGGCGGAUCAGAGGUACCAAGCCCAUAAAAGUGUUCUGGCCGCCAGCAGUGAAUAUUUCCAGUCCCUCUUCACCAGAAUGGAUGACACAUCGCCGAAGGUUGUAAACCUGGACUUCUGUGAGCCGGAUGCCUUUGAGAUAGUUCUGAAUUAUAUUUACUCCUCCUCACUUUUUGUGGACAAAGGCAGUCUUUCAGCAAUUCAAGAGCUGGGCUACAGCCUGGGAAUUCCUUUCCUCACCAACAUUGUGUCCACAAGGCCGCAUGCGUCCUAUUGCGUCUCUAGAAAAAGAUUGUUUACAGAAGGGGAAGAGAAUGACGCGCAGACGAGGAGUGUCAUCGUGUGUCGUGUCCGGAAUGACACAUCCACACUCACCCAUACAAACUAUCAGGCAAAAACACCAGAGAGAUCAUCAUCUCUCCUCACGGGUGAGUUGGCGGAGCCUCCAUCAGAACAUCAGAACUCCUGUAAGUCAGACAGAAACUCUGAACCAAUCACAAGUAAAUCACCUGAACUUUGUGAAUCUUCUGAAAGGAGGUCCACCUAUCCAUACACCUCCAUACUAAAAGGGAAUCCAUCAUACAACUCUUCUAUUAGGCCCCAACUGAAAACAUCUGCAUCCUUCGGUGAUGCUGAAGUGCAGCAUAUUAGGCUGCCGUUUUCCUCUGACCAGGAAAUGACAGAGGAGACUGGGGAACAGGAGCCUCACGAUAACACCAAAGCGGCCCUUCAGGGUCACGCCUCUGAGCUGAGCCAGACCAUUGACCGGAGUGGGCCACUCAUAAAAAGCCUACUCCGAAGAUCAUUGUCCAUGGACAGCCCCGUUCCGGUUUUCUCACCUACGCUGGAGCUCAAGGAGCUGCAAAAUCAUGAACGGUCACUUGUUAAGAUGUCAUCCGAGUCCGAAAGGUCCGCUCACAAUGGAAACGCAAGAAAAUCUCCUCUUGUUCUCAGGUCAAAGUACCCCAGCAGACGUGAUGAACAAACUCAAGUAGACUCAAGAGAGCAGAGUGUGAAAGUGGAGCCCAGCAGUCCACUCGCGGACCCUCUUGAUAUUAUCCGAAUCACAGUUGGCGAAGCUUUGCCAGUCAAUCUGAAAGACUUGCAGACGAAUUACAAUCAGUGUUCCAAGGCGAGCUUCACUCCUUUUGGAAAACGAAAGGAAAGGCCAGACAAUAGACGGUACCCGUUCAAGAAGAACAAGAUAUUUAAGCCGCACCCCAUCUCCUCUGAUGAGAAUGCGUCGUCGGUCGUAUCUCGCAGCACCAGCGAUGAUCAGGAGAACAAUAUGGAGUCGCUCCCAAACAAGAUUUUUACAUGCUGGAACUGUUUCAAGGUUUUCAGGUCCAGCGCUGGACUACAUCGCCAUGUCAAUAUGUACCACAACCCCGAAAAACCGUACGCUUGUGACAUCUGCCACAAGCGCUUUCACACCAACUACAAAGUGUGGACACACUGUCAAACUCAGCACGGCGUCCUGCAAAACCCAGCGUCGUCUUCCAGUUCCCCGGGGAUGGACGAUAGAUUUCAAAAGAAACUCAUAGACAUUGUGCGAGAUCGAGAAAUAAAGAAAGCUUUACUCUGGAAGCUGAAAAGGAAUAAACAAGCUUUGCAGUCUCCCACGCUAGCCAAGCAGCGAUCACGGUCCAGCUUCAUAUGUCCUUACUGUGGGAAGGUGUUUGUGUUCCAGUCUCAGUACAGGCAGCAUUUAAGGACACAUCCUGCAGAGAAAGCUGACAAGGACACAGCAGGGGAGCACAUCCUCUACCGGGAACAGGAUGGGGUCAUUCAGCAGAAGGAUUCCGAUAGCGGUGUUUACGCCUGUAGACUUUGUAACAUGAAGUUGCCUUCACUCGUGGAGCAGGGGGAUCACGAGAGAGGCUGUCGGCAUUCGACUGUAUGCCCGUACUGUGGCCUCAGAUUUUCAAGUCCAAUAGUCAAGAAAGACCACGAGGCGCACUGCAAGUACAAGAAACUGACAUGCCUGGAAUGCAUGCGAACCUUCAAGUCCUCCUUCAGUAUCUGGCGCCACCAGGUGGAGGUACACAACAACAACAACAUGAUGAAUAUUAAGGAACAGAUGAAUCUGAGGCAGCAAGAGCACAAUGAAGGAAUGCCAAGAAUGCUCCAAGAGGAGCAUUAUACAAGUGAGCAUCUUCCAACAGAGAGCAAUAGUUACAAUGACUCCUCAGGUACGACUAUGUAUGAUUCCGAGGACUCUUCGUCCUUUGUGCCUGAGGACCUGAGCAUGGGGCAUCAUGGGAAACUGGUGGUGAAGGAAGAGCCGCUAGAGGAGGCUGUGAGCGAGCGUGAAGAAAUGGAGACUGGCCACACAGGACCGGAAGAACCUGGCGUCUGGCCGUGCGAGAAGUGCGGAAAUCUCUUCAGCUCUCGCAAAGACCUGGAGCGCCAUCAGGAGCUGCUGUGCCACAUCAAGCCCUUCAUUUGCCACAUAUGCAACAAAGCCUUCAGGACCAACUUCCGUCUUUGGAGCCACUUUCAGUCCCACAUGUCAAGCGCAAGCGAGCCCCAACCUAAAGAAAUGGACGGGCCCCCCCUGCCUCUGUCUCCCUCCCCGCCUGUGGCUUCUCAAAACUCCGAACGACCCUCCCCACAGGCCUCCGGGCUCACCCAGGCGACGCCAGUUGCAGUGGGCGACGAGUCCAGCAGCCCCGAACCUUCCAUGUCAUUGGUAAAUAACACCAAGAUAAGUCAACCUGAGCUGCCACCCGGCAGCCACAGCCCAUUGUCAAGGUCAAACAGCAUGGAAAGUACGGGCGGUGCUCAGAACUCAGACACCCUCUUUUAUCACGCACCGUCUCUCUCUGCCUUGGCAUUCAAGAGACAGUACGUGUGUAAACUUUGUCACAGAACCUUUAAAACAGCUUUCAGUCUCUGGAGCCAUGAGCAGAGUCAUGGCCACGUGUGAGCAUCCCGCUGGUUCUAGCAGUGCAUUUCCUUUGAGGGAUCAUGCGUAUCGUAAUCAAAAAAAAAAAAAAAGCAAGACUUUGAAUGUAUAGCUUACUCACUUGCCUUCAGUGUCCUAUAUUCAAGUGGCCAUGUUGACUAGGGGUGUAAAACGUACAAAAGGACUAUUAGGGACACGCUGAAACAGUCAAAAUGUCACAAAGAAGUCAUAAUGAAUGAGAAUAAUGUCAGAAGGUUACAAGAGAAAAGUAAAGUCUUGUAAAGUUAAAAUGUUCUCAUAAUAUUUCAGCUUUAUUAAGUUUUUUUUUUUCUUUUACAGUGCAGCUCAAAUAAUCUAAUAUAAACAUGAAUGUGCAAACAAGUGCUAGAUUAUUUUUGUUGUUUUUAGAAGUGGUUUAUUUUCAGUACCAAAUGAUAGUUGUAUUAGUUGCCUAAUUGUACUUGCAUUUAUGUGUUAUAAGAGCGCAAGGUUGUGACCAAUGUGACUUCAGGUGUACCACACGUGACUUUAUCGAGCAAAGAAAGAGGUAUUAUCACAUUUUUUUCCUUCGUAAGUGCUUUAUUUUCGGAGGCCGCGGUUCAAUUCUAGGCGAAAGCUUUUGCUGUGUUAUUGUAUCACAUAUCUUUCUUGGUGCAAGUGACUCUUCGGAUAGCUACUACGCUUUGUUUUUGCCUUUUUUGUGUAAAUAGGGAGAUGUAGUUAAAAAAAUUUGGAUUGUGCAGUUGUGAGUUUAGAACUGAUACAUAUGCCUAGGUUUCUUUUUAUUAUUUCUUAAAUUGUAAUUCAUGUAACAGCAGCAGGUAUUACACACAUAGCAUCUCAGGUUCAAAGCAUUUGAGAACACUGACAUAGGGGUUACAUUCAGUACUGAUUUGUUUUCCUUAUUAGUCGGGUGAUAUGUUGCAUUUGUACAAUUUAAGUGAUUUUGGUCAUUGUACAAAUUGGUCUCGCACAACUAAAAUUGGAGGGUCUUGUUUUCUCUGUUUAUGGUAGAUGGCGUAGACCAAAAUAAAUCCAAGUGAUUGUGGUAUUUUGUUUUGCAGCUAGAAUUGAGUCUGCAGCAAAUGCAUCUAUAAAAUGUGUUUCUAUACAACUUAUUAUUAUUUUUUUUAUCUUGACUGAUAAGUCACCAUGGUCACAAAUUGUCAAAUGACAAAGGGCAUCGCUCCAUCCUCAGUUGCUCCUGAUGCUGCCUCUGUUUUUGAAUGGGAAGGUUACUUUCCUUUCAUAACAACAUCGUCCGUUAUCAUUGUAUGAAUACGCCGCCAUUUUGAAAGUGGCGCUAUUAUAACGCCAUACAAAUUACAGUCCUGGAGAUUUCUGUCUAAAAUCAUGGAGGAGGGGAGGAAAGUGGGCUUUAUAUUUCAUUGAUGGCUCUAUGCGACUAUAGGUGGUAACAUCAGGAUCAGCAAAGCACAUGGAGGAAGAAUUGUUUUAAUGCGGGGGUGUUCCUUUUUGGACCGUAGUCAAAUUAUUCCACAGCUGUAUUUUGCGGACUAUUUAGAGGGAAUUUUAAUGUAUCAUUUGAUUAAAUUAUGGCGACCCUAUUAGAACUCGAUGCAACAGUGGCGAGCUGGGGUGGUCUAUGGGGUUAAAACUGGCGUUUUCAGGAUGGAAGCACAAACACGUGUGAAGUGUACGUGUCCCAGAGUAAAGUGUGUGUCUGCGUCUGUUGUGAGUAACUCUAAUCUCAUUGAACCUCCUAUCAAUGGCACAACAAAGCUCAACCCCAAUUCUCUGACAUAUUUGAAUUUUUUUCAUAAAGAAACUACUUUCCAGGAUCACUAGCUGUUAGGGGUGUCACAAGAUCUCACAACAUUUCUCAUUCACGAAAAGACUGUCCCGUGGACACGAGGCUUGGGACAAUAAUUAAUGAAUCACACAAUAAAUAAAAAUUAGCUCAAUAAUCUCAAUGUAUCGCCAUGUUCAUGCGCGUCUGUUCUCAUCAUGUCUCGCCUCCAACAGGCAAGAAGAAUCUUGUCUCGUCUCGUAGACCCAAUCUCGUGUAUCAACUCGUCUUGUGAUAUGAGUGUCUCUUGACACCCCUACUAACUAUAACUGCUUUUUAAAAAUAAUUGGCCCAACAUUGCCCAUCAUUGGGAAAAAAAAAUUCAUUAUUUUUAACAAACAUCAUCCCCACUCUCAACAACAGAGGCGGAAACAUUCUACUUUGUUUGCUAGGAGUACAAGAACAAUUCAUCUUAAUCCCAUAGAAACUCAAAUACAAAUCAAUUUAUGACCAAUUUAAUGGGUUUUUUUCUGGAUUUUUUUUUUUUUUGUUGCGAUUCUGUCUCCCUCUGUUAAACAUAUCAUAAAAAAAUGUGGAGUCAACGGGAUGAAAUAAUAUCUCCCACUGUACUUUUGCUUUUGCUUGGUCGUGAAUACAUUUGUAUAAAUUCUUGAUGUUGCUACUAUUUGGGAGCAGCACUGUGGCAACACGGGCUCUCUUGUGGUGUUAGAUUCUUUUGAGAACUUUGCAUUGUUAAUAGUGCUCUUAAAUUCUUUGUGAGAAACAUUUUCUGUCAUGUUCACAGAUAUGAUUAGGACUGUGUACAUGGAAGUGUUCUGAAGUUUUGUACCAAUUUUAUGGAGAAAAACACGUUUUAGUACACAUGUUCUACUUGCAAUAAUAUUUGUAUCCGCAAUGGUUGUUGUUAUUGUUGCUUUUUUGCAGACGUUUUGUGUUUAGGUUUUUCCAAAGUUUGUGAUUUUUGUCUGUUGUAAAGAUCAAUGUAUACAGUGAGUAAAAAAAAUAAUAAUUAAAAAAAAUGUUUAAUUGUAUUUUAUAGUUGGGGUAUCAAAACAUUUUGAUGAAGAUCACAUUAUGUUCAUAUUCUUAGGUGCUGCAAUAAUUCAUGAUUAAUCAAUUAUUAUUAUUAUUAAUCAACCAACGUUUUAUCAUCCAUAGAUCAUAUGUAUAUUGUUGCCACUGGAUUACCCAUCAUGCCUUGCGGGCACUUGUAAAUAACAGUUAAAGGUGUGUGUUAUAUUUAUCACUUAGUUGUUGUUUAUUACCCACGUUGUAGUAGUAGUUGAUUUAUGUGAUGUUAACUUGCUGUGGAUGUGUUGUGUUAUUUCGUUGCACCCUGAGUAGGUAUGUCGUUCUGUUUGAUGACCACCUUUACAUAACUGGCCCCUUGGACAAAUUUUGUGGCCCACAAGUCAAAAGGUUUGCCCACGACUGGUCUAUGCCUAACCAAUUACUCGAUUAAUCGACUAAGAAAAAAAUAUUUAGCUGCGGCCCUAGAUCAAAUGAUUUUUGGUCAAAAAUUGUAUUUAUUUUUUCCUUUCUCCAAAAAUUCUGUUUCUUCCACAGAAAACACAUCUCGUUCUCCCUAAAUUGGUAAUAAUACGGGUAAAACACAAAGCAUACAUGCGCCACUGUUUAAAAAAAAAAAAAAAUCCCACAAUUUUUGCGUCACUGAUGGUGUUUUUUUUAAGCAUUGGCAUUUCGCACUUUGUUCAGUCGUCCUUGAACUCACCAUCGUUGCUGUGAGACACAAACGUGAAACUUAUACAGAAUAUAACUUCUACAUUGUGACAUUUCAUAGCGACAGGAAGUUAAAGGACUGAACAGAAGACGUGAUUACGUUUAAUUGGGAAAACGGUAAAGUGAAAAUCCUGUUCCAUCAUAUAAGAUCAUACUGCCCAUGAUUUGAAUGUAUGUUUUACAUGUAUGAGGUAAUCAGGUAUUUACAAGUAUGAGGAAAUCAAUUAGGAAACUCACUUUUUAAGCACGGACAUACAAGAAACAUAAGAGCGGACAUGAGAAAACACUUUUAAAAAAACAGCAAUUGUCAUGUCAGCUGGUUGAGCUGUUAAUAAAAACAUACAUCUUGAGAGAAAGGUGGUAUUUGCACUUACAACUAAGAAUAAAUAAUUUGCAAAGCUUCUAACCGAUACCCUUGUGACCGAUUUAUUAAAAAAAAAAAAAAAAAGUCCAGACUAUCUGCUGGAAAGAUGAGCGU